AUGCCCGGAGCCUGGCUGCUGCUGCUGCUGCUGGCCCGGGUGGUCUCCACCGCCGGGCCGGUGGUCCGCUGCGAGCCGUGCGACGCCGGCGCCCUCCUGCUGUGCAAGCCGCUGCCCACGGAGUGCCCGGAGCGGAUGAAGGAGCCCGGGUGCGGGUGCUGCACGACGUGCGCCCUGGGCCCCGGGGACGCGUGCGGGGUGUACACCGCACGCUGCGGGGCCGGGAUGCGGUGCCGGCACGAGCCCGGGGAGAUCCGGCCGCUGCAGGCGCUGCUGGAGGGAAGGGGGGUCUGCUCCACGUCCAGGGCCAAGAAACCCACCGGCACCCCGGGGCAGAAAGCAGAGGGUGCAGGAAAUCAGGUAGAAGAAGGUGGAGCCAACGCCACCCAGCCGAUGACGGUGCUGCCCGGCGUGGCCACGGUGAAGGGCGGACCCAGCCGGGGGUCGAUGGACACCCGGCCGCCGCUGCACAACAAGCUGAUCCAGAAAGAUCAGAACAGGAAGACGCAGAGCUACAAGGUGGAGUCAGUGUCGGGAGGAGCCAACAUGGACAUGCACAACUUCUCCCUGGAGAGCAAGAGGGAGACGGAGUAUGGGCCGUGUCGGCGGGAGAUGGAGAGCAUCCUGAACAGUCUGAAGAUCAGCAACGUGCUCAACCCCAGAGGCUUCCGCAUUCCCAACUGUGACAGGAAGGGCUUCUACAAGAAAAAACAGUGCCGUCCGUCCAAAGGCAGGAGGCGGGGCUACUGCUGGUGCGUGGACAAAUACGGGCAGCCUCUUCCGGGCCUGGACGGCCGAGAGCGAGGCGAGACGCAGUGCUACAACCUGGAGAGCAAGUGAGAGGACGGAGAG